AUGGCCCAAAAGGAGAUAAAACAUUUUCUCCUUGUCUCUGUCCCGGGUUACGGACACACCAUCCCCAUGGUAGGAUUGGCGAGGAAGCUGGCAUCUCGCCAACACAAAGUCACCUUCGUCAUCUGCAAAGCUGCCGUGGAGCACAUUCGCAAGAAACAAGAGAUUACACCGGAAGAUGAAAAAUCCAUCCACGUUGUCGGACUGGAAGACGGCAUCGCGGAAAAUGAAUCAGAGGAUAUCGUCUGCUACAUGUCUUUUGUAGGGUUCAAAGACCACGGCGUCCCGGCAAUGCAAAAACUGAUUAAAGGUCUUCCUGUCGCUGGACAGCCGCCCGCAGAUGGUGUAGAACGCUACGGUAUUACCGUGCCAGUUAAUGCGUUGGUAGCGGAUAUUUUUAUUGCUGCCAGUGUAGUCGGGUGUCUGAAACGUAAACUGCCCUACUAUUUUCUAAACUGCUCAUCCAUUGGACCGUUCCGCACUAUUCUGUAUAUCACCGAGCGCACACCGGUAAUCGAAAAGAACGACUUGGAAAGUUUUGAUUUUAUCCGUCCCGAGUCGGAACGCCCACAACCAGCCAUCGGUCAGAUUAUGAAGGGGAUGUGUUUAGGCAUUAACCCGUUCUUGUCCACCGGUAACGGGAUGCUUACCAAUUCGUUCCGGGAAAUUGAACAGCAUUUUAUCGACGAAAUCAAACAGGAUUUGCGUAUGAGCAACAUGGACUAUUACUGCGUUGGACCGUUUAUGCCGGAAGAGAAGGACGAUAAAAAUCCCAGCCACGCCGAACUCGGACAAAAGGUCACACGUUGGUUGGACCGUCAAGCUGAUAAUUCCGUGGUGUAUGUGUCGUUUGGCUCUGUGGUCGUUCCCAACGAGAGCCGUAUCGUGGAGAUUGCUAAGGCUUUGCAGGCGUUGAAAAAGCCGUUUAUUUUCUCCAUCCGCCAGCAUCAGCAGCCCAUUCUGCCGGGUGUUUGCCGUUUAGCGCCGGCCCCAUAUCUACGUUCUCGGUCGUAUUACUGUAGUUACCUCGUCCACUGCUGCAAAAGCACGUGGUAG